GAGAGAGAAGGCCAGAGAAAGAACAAGAGGGCAUUGAGGGUUUUGAGGAGCCCGAUGCCUUGAUGCAAGAACCCAUUCAUCGUCCACCUCUUCCUGCAACAACCGAGCAGGCAAGCGGCAGGACACAAGCAAACACCUUACUUUGAGGGUUUUGAGGAAGAGAGAGAAGCAGGGGAGAGAGAGAGAGUCUGAGAGGGAGAGAGAGCUCCUCCUCCUUCCUCCACACAGCUAGCAUUGAAUCCAUUCCAUCUCCAUUGAGAUCAUCGCCACUCCCGGGGCAGCAAGCAAGCCCUUGCUUGGUGCAUUGUGCACUGCCCGAGCCCCAAACACCGCGCAGUUUUUCAUGCGGCUGCCGUUGCCAUUGCCAUCGCCAAGCCCCAUGCGCCGCCGCCACCUCCUCCUCCCCCUUCCCCUCCUCUUACUCCACCUCCUCCUCGCCGCCUCUUCCCCCUCCGCUGCUGCCGCGGGCUCGUCAGAGGUCGCCUUCCUGACGUCCUGGCUGAACACCACGGCGGCGCGGCCGCCCGACUGGUCGCCGGCCGCGGCGUCCCCGUGCAACUGGUCCCACAUCUCCUGCGACGGCGCCGGCGCCGGAGGGGGCGUCACGUCCGUGUCCUUCCAGUCCGAGCACCUCGCUGUCACCGUCCCGGCGGGCCUCUGCGCCGCGCUUCCCGGGCUCGUGUCGUUCGUGGUCUCUGAUGCCAACCUGACCGGCGGCGUCCCUGACAACCUAUGGCGGUGCCGCCGCCUCGCCGUGCUUGAUAUCAGUGGCAACGCGCUCACCGGCCCCAUCCCGCCGUCGCUCGGCAACGCCACGGCGAUGGAGACGCUGGCGCUCAACUCCAACCAGCUGUCAGGCCCCAUCCCUCCGGAGCUCGCCGGCCUCGCGCCGACGCUCAAGAACCUCCACCUGUUCGACAACCGCCUCUCCGGCGAGCUCCCGCCUUCGCUCGGCGAGCUGCGGCUGCUCGAGUCGCUGCGCGCCGGCGGCAACCACGACCUGGCGGGGCCGAUACCGGACUCCUUCUCCAAGCUCUCCAACCUCGUCGUGCUCGGCCUCGCCGACACCAAGAUCUCCGGCCCGCUCCCGGCGUCGCUCGGACAGCUCCAGAGCCUCGAGACGCUGUCCAUCUACACCACGGCGCUCUCCGGCGCCAUCCCGCCGGAGCUCGGCAACUGCUCCAACCUCACCAACAUCUACCUCUACGAGAACUCGCUCUCCGGCCCGCUGCCGCCGUCGCUCGGUGCCCUGCCGCAGCUGCAGAAGCUGCUGCUCUGGCAGAACGCGCUCACCGGCCCCAUCCCGGAGUCCUUCGGCAACCUCACGUCGUUGGUGUCACUCGACCUCUCCAUCAACUCCAUCUCCGGCACCAUUCCGGCGUCGCUCGGCCGGCUGCCGGAGCUGCAGGAUCUGAUGCUCAGCGACAACAACAUCACCGGCACCAUCCCGCCGUCGCUCGCCAACGCCACGUCGCUGGUGCAGCUGCAGGUCGACACCAACGAGAUCUCCGGCCUCAUCCCGCCCGAGCUCGGCCGCCUCUCCGGGCUGCAGGUGUUCUUCGCGUGGCAGAACCAGCUCGAGGGCGCCAUCCCGGCGACGCUCGCGUCCCUUGCCAACCUCCAGGCGCUCGACCUCUCACACAACCACCUCACCGGCAUCAUACCGCCGGGGCUCUUCCUGCUCCGCAACCUCACCAAGCUGCUCCUCCUCUCCAACGACCUCUCCGGGCCGCUGCCGCCGGAGGUCGGCAAGGCGGCCAGCCUCGUACGGCUGCGGCUCGGCGGCAACCGCAUUGCGGGGUCGAUACCCGUGUCCGUGUCGGGCAUGAAGAGCAUAAACUUCCUCGACCUCGGAAGCAACCGGCUCGCCGGGCCGGUGCCGGCCGAGCUCGGCAACUGCUCGCAGCUCCAGAUGCUUGACCUGAGCAACAACUCGCUCUCCGGGCAACUGCCAGAGUCGCUCGCCGCGGUGCACGGCCUGCAGGAGCUCGACGUCUCGCACAACCGGCUCACCGGCGCCGUGCCAGGCGCGUUCGGGAACCUAGAGACUUUGAGCAGGCUGGUGCUCUGCGGCAACUCGCUGUCCGGGCCGAUACCACCGGUGCUCGGGCAGUGCCGCAACCUCGAGCUCCUGGACCUGAGCGACAACGACCUCACUGGAAACAUCCCCGACGAGCUCUGCGGCAUCGACGGGCUCGACAUUGCUCUGAAUCUGAGCCGGAACGGCCUCACUGGGCCGAUCCCGGCGAAGAUAUCGGCGCUGAGCAAGCUCUCGGUGCUCGACCUCUCGUACAACGCGCUCGACGGCAGCCUCGCGCCGCUCGCCGGGCUGGACAACCUUGUGACGCUCAACGUGUCGAACAACAACUUCUCCGGGUACCUCCCCGACACGAAGCUCUUCCGGCAGCUCUCGGCGUCCAGCCUCGCCGGCAAUGCCGGGCUCUGCACCAAAGGCGGGGACGUCUGCUUCGUGAGCAUCGACGCCAACGGGCACCCGGUGAUGAACACCGCCGAGGAGGCGCAGCGCGUGCACCGCCUGAAGCUGGCCAUCGCGCUGCUGGUGACCGCGACGGUGGCGAUGGUCCUUGGCAUGAUCGGCAUACUGCGAGCGCGGCGGAUGAGCUUCAGCGGCGGGAAGAGCGGCGGCGGCGGCGGCGGCAGCGACUCGGAGAGCGGCGGCGAGCUGUCGUGGCCGUGGCAGUUCACGCCGUUCCAGAAGCUGAGCUUCUCGGUGGAGCAGGUGGUGAGGAACCUUGUCGACGCCAACAUCAUCGGCAAGGGCUGCUCCGGCGUGGUGUACCGUGUGAGCCUCGACACCGGCGAGGUGAUCGCCGUGAAGAAGCUGUGGCCGGCCAGCACCCACGCGGCGGCGUGCAAGGACGACGGCACGAGCGGCCGCGUCCGGGACUCGUUCUCGGCGGAGGUGCGCACGCUGGGCACCAUCCGGCACAAGAACAUCGUCCGCUUCCUGGGGUGCUGCUGGAACAAGACCACCCGGCUGCUCAUGUACGACUACAUGGCCAACGGCAGCCUCGGCGCGGUGCUCCACGAGCGCCGCGGCGGCGGCGGCGCGCAGCUGGAGUGGGACGUCCGGUACCGCAUCGUGCUCGGCGCCGCGCAGGGGCUCGCGUACCUUCACCACGACUGCGUGCCGCCGAUCGUGCACCGGGACAUCAAGGCCAACAACAUCCUCAUCGGCCUCGACUUCGAGGCCUACAUCGCCGACUUCGGCCUCGCCAAGCUCGUCGAGGACGGCGACUUUGGCCGGUCGUCCAACACCGUCGCCGGCUCCUACGGGUACAUCGCCCCUGAGUACGGGUACAUGAUGAAGAUCACGGAGAAGAGCGACGUGUACAGCUACGGCGUGGUGGUGCUGGAGGUGCUGACGGGGAAGCAGCCGAUCGACCCGACGAUCCCGGACGGCCUGCACGUGGUGGACUGGGUGCGGCGGCGCAGCAGGGACCGCGCCGGCGUGCUGGACCCGGCGCUGCAGGGACGGUCGACCGCCGAGGUGGAGGAGAUGCUGCAGGUGAUGGGCGUGGCGCUGCUGUGCGUGAGCCCGACGCCCGACGACCGGCCGACCAUGAAGGACGUGGCGGCGAUGCUCAAGGAGAUCCGGCUGGAGCGCGAGGACGUGGCCAACGUCGAUGUCCUCCUCAAGGGCGGCUCGUCGCCUCCGUCCCAUCAUGCCGCGGCGGCAGCGACGGCAGCCAAGUUGGCGUCAUCGUCGACGUCGAGCACGCCGCCGUACCGGCAGGGCCCGAGCAACAGCAACAGCUGCAGCAGCAGCAGCUUCUCCGCCAUCUACUCCUCGUCCAACAAGGACAAGUCGCCCUUUGGCUGAAGCUGAACCAGCGCAAAAGCAGGGCCGCAAACUAAACAUCCAGGGAGGUGAUGUGAUGCAGCACCAAGUUGUUCUCAGCAGAUGAAGAAUGUCGAGACUGUUUUGGAGCAAGUUAGUGAUGGUGGUGAGCUUUGUAAAUGAUGAGAGGAUAGGUUGUUUGCAUUUGUUUCUGUUUAUUUUUUGGAGGACAUAGGAUUAGACCUUGGAGCAAAGGCUUUAAUGCCUUUUUUAAUGAGAGCUCAGUGUAUGUUUGUUCGAAUAAAGAUGGAAAUUCGGUUGCAUGCUCA